AUGGAAUCGCCCAUCACCGAAACUGUGGUUACAUUAGAUACUACCAUCACGCUCCACCACAAAAGCGUGACUAGGACGUCUACAGCCAUUGUGAUUACAAUAUCUACCGAGAGCUUGACUGGAACACCAAGCACCAGUGUCCCUACAUUCUCAGCACAAGCAACAACAACCACAGUAUCAGAGCAACUCACAGAGGCAAAGCAAGACUGGAAGGGCAUAGGCAUCAAAGCAGGAGUUGGUGCUGCUGUCUUCUGCUCGUCCUCAUGGGCGUUGGCGUCUUCCUCUGGCGCUGUCACCGUCGUCGUCGCCGUCGUCGUCGUCGUCGUCGUCGCGAGGUUCGCGGAUUGCCUUUAUGGACCGCUUUACCCGUGA